AGAAUUUCUCACGUACAAUAUUAUGUGCGACCAUGAGCGUUGCUGAGGCGAUCUAUGGCGCGAAUGGAUCGGAGAAGACAAAGCUGGCCAAUGGCGUCGCGUUCAAGGUCUUCGAUGACAUCAAGAAGUCAAACAAACCGCGGCGCGACGGCUUCAACAACUUGGCCAACUCGAGCGACAGCAUCUACAAGAACCACAACUACUAUCACAAGAACUGCUUCACGCCAGCGGACAACUUCAACACGUACGUCAAAGCGAGCGGGAAGAAGGAGAACAACGCGUCUAAGGAGUUCUUCAACAGCCUCGACUCCAAGCUGAGGAAUCUGAACGCGCCGAGGAAGCGGACGAAGACGGCGUUGGAGAACAGGCCGAUGUUUGUGACGACCGUGAAGACUGGGAUAUUUCUGGAGCCUCCUCCCGAGAUCGCGGCCAUACUUGGUCUCCAGAGUUUCAACUCUUCGGUGAACGGAUCUUCGGGCUCGACUGGGUCGCUGCAUCCUUCUAACAACGGUGACGAAGUGAUCAUGUACAGCUUCGCCAGUCAGCCUAGGGUUGUGAACCAGAGGAAUGGCAGGAGUAGGGUGACGCCGCCCAAGGAGAACAAGAGAGGCAACAAUAACAGCUACAACAACAACAGCAACAACAACAACAACAACAACAAUGGUAGUCUCAACAACGUGAGGAAGAAGCGUGACCUGAACGCGUCAACUCCAAAGAAGACAGAUGGGAGUCCCUUGCCCUACGGCAACAUCAUGUUUGACCGACGAGUUGUUAGAGGCAGCACUUUCGCUCAACAUCCGACCCCAACGGCGAGGUGUGAUUCCCAGGCGGCCAGGCAGGCGGAGGCCCGACGACGGUCCAUGGCUCGCAGGAAGGCCCAGGGGCAGCAGACGAGGGCGAUGAGGCUCAGGAUCGGGACUCCGCCCCCGGUGGAAGGUAGACAGCACGAGGUUGUGCAGACUGACCAGUACAUGGAGGAGCUGUUCGACCAUCCGCCUGGAGCGACAGUCUCCUGCCAGACUGACUUCUUUCUGGACCGUCCGGAAACCCCGGUCUACGUUCCCUCCAAGACGGGACGAGACGUGGAGACGCAGAUAUAUCCAGGAGAGCUGUUCCACUUCGACACUGAAGUGCAGCCUAUCCUGGAAGUCCUGGUUGGCAAGACUGUGGAGCAGGCGAUGGUCGAAGUCCUGGAGGAGGAUGAGCUUGCGGCGAUCCGCGAACAGCAGCGAAGGUACAAAGAGAUCAGAGCUGCGGAAAAGGCUGAGGAACAAAGACUGGAGGCACAAGAACUGAGGAGGAGAGAAGAAGCGGAGCAGCGGAUGGCCGAGAUGGCGGAGGCGGCGCGGAUACAGAAGGAGACCGAGGAGAGGGUAGCAGCCGCGGUCCUCACUCAGGGAUACAUCGCCGACCUGCUGCCGUCCGUGCUGGAGGGGCUUAAAGAGGCUGGCUACUUCAUAGACGACAUCAGACAAGAUGUGGAGGAGAACUUCAUGACGUGGCUGAUGGGAGAAGUGAAGCUGGAAAUGCAGCGAAUGGUGGACAACAGAGACUUGCUUUCUGAGAUAGUCCGUGAGAUCCUGGAGACGCGGGCGGAGGUGUACCGAGCGAUGAGUGACGGCGUUGCUGCGGACAGACCCGGCAGUGAGGAGCCCACGUCCACGCCGCUGCCUGGAGUGUCGUCCGUCGUGUUCAGCAAGGAGGCGGAGGACGAGGUCCAAGAGACCGGCGACAGCUAGACAUCGCAUUCGUGAACAGCGAAUGGUGGACUAGCAUUUGGGUGCCUAAAGAAGCAAUAAGUUCAAUUAUUUAUUUUAACCGAAAACCUUUGAAUCAAAGCAGAAAUUUAUAGUAGAUUUGGUAACAAUUCCUAUGUUUAGAGCUAGCCUUGUAAGAUAUAGGUUGUACAAUAAAUUUCGAAUGACAUAA